UGAGCGAGUUUCAUUUUGCGGCUAGCUGGGCUCCAUUACCGCACAGCGCCUUCACAGACCGUCACAGUGAUGGGAAAGAAAACCCGGACGGGGACGGGCCGGCGGACAAUCCUGCAGCUUUCUCCACCAGGACCUCGCAGUGGAACCGGAGUAGGAAGAGAAGAAGCGUUAGCUUCUGGGUCCGAAGAGGAGCCGGAGGGUAACACCGACGACCACAGUGAACUGAACAUCAGAAUGAAAAUGCCAGCUGUGAAGGCAACACAGGGCUUAUCAUUGCUGGGUGCCUAUGAGGAUAGUGAGGAGGAAGAUGCAUCUGAAACCAGUUCUACCACAAAGGGAAAGCACAACCGGUCUGCCGACAUUGACAGUACCCUUGCCAGUUUCAUGGCUGAAAUUGAUGCUAUCACCACUCAACCCCCCCAGACUGAUGAUUCUACGCCCAGUGCUCCUGCACCUACCCCGCCACGUCCUGAACCCAAGAUAGAACCACAGGCCCAUGUUCAGAAUGGCUCAACACAAGAAUUUCAGUAUAACACACAGUAUUCCUUGGCAGGAGCUGGGCUUGAGAUGGGCGAUUGGCAGGAGGUGUGGGAUGAGAACACAGGCUGCUACUACUAUUGGAACACCCAGACUAAUGAGGUUGUGUGGGAGCUCCCCCACUACCUGGCAGACCAGAUGCAGAGUCUUCAGCAGUACACAGACAGUUCAUCUGUCAACGGCAGUGGCGUGUCGCAUCAUACAGAUGGUCAUCCUGAACAGCAUUCUGCUUUGUCUACUACUGCAUCUAAGAAGGAACCAAAGAAGAAGGAGGUGAUUGAGAGUGUGGUGGCUUUAAUUAGUGAUGAGGAGGAGAGGAGAGGGGUGGCUGCCUCUCUCCUUGCACCCCUCUUACCACCUGAAGUGAAAGAGGUAGAAGAGAAAUGGAGGAAGAAGGUUCUGGCCAUGGAGGAGAAUGUGGAAAAUACUCCAGAGAUCGAGGGUGAUGUUCCUCACUCUUCAGACUCCCCUGCUGUUGGUGAUGUAGAAAGCCCUGCUCACUGUAACCAACACAGUAGGAACCACUCUGUUGAAAACUCUGAUGGAGAAGAGGAGACAGAGGAGGAUACCAUGGAACUGGAGCUUGCGUUAGAGAGGAAAAAGGCGGAGCUUCGUGCAUUGGAGGAAGGUGAUGUCAGUGCUGGUGGUUCCAGUCCCUGUUCUGAGGCCAGUCAGGAGGGCUCUCGGGGUCUCUCGUUGAAGAAGACAAAGUGGAAAACGGCUUUUCUUCGCGCUCAAAGCCCUGACUCAAACAGCAGAGGCUCUGAUAAGGCAGGAUGUGACACGUUGGAAGAUUUAGAUGCGGUACAUUCCAGAAUAGCUGACAAGCAAGGGGACAAAGAAAAAGAGGAAAAGGACAAGACUGUGCCCAAAGCCCCAGAGGAGGAAACUCCAGACCUCAAAUUUCAGAUCGGAGAGCUUGCAAAUACAUUAACCAGCAAAAUGGAGUUCCUGGGAAUCAACAAAAAGGCCAUCUCUAACUUUCAACUGCUCUUGUUACAAACGGAGACACGGAUAGCAGACUGGCGAGAGGGUGCACUGAAUGGAAAUUAUCUCCGUCGCAGGUUGCAGGAAGCCGCUGAGCACAUAAAACAUUACGAACUUAACGCCACUCCCAAGGGCUGGUCCUGCCACUGGGACAGAGAUCACAGGCGGUACUUCUAUGUGAAUGACCGGACGAGUGCCUCCCAGUGGGAAUUUCCAGUAGUGGAGGAAGAAGAGGAUGCCAAGGCUCCUGAACCUGCUGUAGCUGUCCAAGGAAAUGCAGGUCAUCUGCCUGCUGAGGUUUCCAGUGGUCUAGUAGCAGGAGCAUCGUUUGGAGAAAGCCAGGCCUACUGGUCUGUUCAUCAACCUCCACUUCCUCCAGAAACUCCACCUCCUCCUGUAGAGCAACCUCCUCCACCGCCACCACCACCAGAAUCACCUCCUCCACCCCCUCCCCCACCCCUCAGUGACGAUGGGGAGAUUGAGGAAGUAGAGAUGGAAGAUGAGGAUGCUGAGCCACCUGCUCCUGGAACUGAAGAAUUCAAGGCCAGUGAAGCAGCAGCAGCAGCAGCAGCAGCAGCAGCCCAAGGAGCCACAGCUAAAGCUCAGAAGCGGAAAGCUCUGGGCUCAGCACAGCCAAACAAGACCAUCACUAUUGGGAGCAGUCCCAUACUUUAUACCCAACCAACUGCCAGCUCAGUCCCUGUGAUGGCUGGAAAUGCUUACUGGGGAAUUCCAGCAGUAGCUGUACCCCCUCUGCCAUCAGAGAACUUAGCUCCACCAGUGCCAGCCCCACCCUCUCAACCUCCACCGCCAGCACCUCAGCCCCCAAGUGACCCACCGUCUGGGAAAAUGCUUGUGGACAAAACUAAAAAGCUAAAGAAAGAGAAGAUGAAAAAGAGUAAGACAAAAAUGCCGUCUCUGGUGAAAAAAUGGCAGAGCAUUCAAAGAGAACUGGAUGAAGAGGAGAAGUCAAGUUCUAGUGAUGAAGAUCGAGACCAGCUGAACAACAGGCGCAUUGAAGAGUGGAAACAGCAACAGCUUUCCUCAGGAAAGGCAGUAAAGAAUGCCAACUUUGAAGCCCUUCCUGAUGACUGGAGGGAGAGGCUGCUGAAGAAGAGGAAGAUGAUGCAGAGUUCAUAACAUCUGUAAUGCACAACUCGCACAUGGUCACUUCAAACACUUCCAUCUGCAGUGGUCCGUCUUUGACUGCAUCUUUCUUCUUUCAUCCUGGUCCCGUAGGAUGAAUUAGAGCAAACUGAAUGAAUGUGUUUUUUUUUGUUUUUUUUUUUGUUUUGUUUUUUUUUUUAAAUAUAUGCACAAAUAUUGCCAUCUUCUUACCUUCAAGUCCUUUGUAACACUUUCAUUGAAAAGACAAAGUUUUCUGUAAAAAGGUGUUAAACAAGAUGUCUUUCUGCUUACUGGCUUUUGUAAAGUGGCCCCUGAGUGUAAAUAGAAUUUGUAUUUCAUAUUGUUUACAUGUAGACCCUUUACGCUAAUCAAAAAUGUCAAAACAUUCAUUCUCAAAACUGCCUUCCUUUUUUUGUUUCAGCAUGGUUUGACUUUGAGACUAAUGGUCGAUAUGGACUAUGUCUGUUUUUGUGAUGGGGAUAGUUACUUUUGGGAAUCUUGAGCCUUAAAUCUCAAGAUUGUUCACUGUGGAAAUUAAGGGAUUUUCCAAAAAUGGACACUGAUGUCUAGGAGAUGCAGCCCUGGUGAUCUAGAGUAUUUUUACCAACUUGAACCUAAAGAGUAGUACACAUUUGUGGAGGGGACAUUUAAGAACCACUGUGCAAACAGGUUUUCUCCACCACUUUUGUCUUAGAAUGUAUGUGAUGAAGCUAUAUGAACAAUGACAAUAACUUAAUUUCUGUGGUUAUAAAUUAUUUAGGUUCCCAAAGAGAGAACUAUAGCCUGCUCACUCUAGUGUUGAGAUCUUGUGCUCAUUUGACUAGAUGAAAUGACCAUGCUGGCUGCAACCAUUCCACUCUAAUUCUUCAUAAGUGGACUAACGGUGCAUCAUUUUCUCAGUUGAAUCUGCAUGGAGACAAGUCAGCUCUGUGAAUGUGCCAACUGCUUCAGUUUUCCUCAACACAUCUCAACGUUUAUCUGUUUUACUGCAGUGUUACUUAUACAUCUCUCACUGGAGUGUUCUGUGUAGUUGUAUACUUGACAGGAAUGGGGGCCAGUGAAGUUUUCUAUGUUGUAAAUAAUGAAUAAACUUUUUUCCAUCUGUACAGAUUA